ACGUCUAUUCUUUGCCGUUGCGUCCAUUCCGAUAUCGAUAGAAAACGCGCGGCAGUGUAAGAGGGCUAUAAGUUCACAGUGCGUUAACAGAGCCAAUUUUAUUCAACACAGCUGUUUGGUAUCUCAUAAAGAGAGUUCGUGUGUUAUUUCCUAGCCCCCAACAUGUGCGCAUACAAACAGUCAUGUACAAACCUCAUGGACCUCCCGACCGCCAAGGUGACGGAAUGGCUCGAAGGCUUCGACACAGUCAUAACAGACUGUGACGGAGUUCUGUGGGUCUACGGGAGGGCCAUUGAUGGUGCAGUUUCGGUUAUAAACCUAUUCAAAUCCAUGCGAAAGAAUAUAUAUUUCUGCACAAACAACUCAACCAAGACUCGAGAAGAAUUGCUCAAGAAAGCCCAGAACAUGGGCUUUAGUAUUACCGAAGGUGAGAUCAUAUCCACAGCCCAUGCCACAGCGGCUUACCUGAAAAAGCGCAACUUCGAAAAGCGAGUGUACGUUAUUGGUAGCGAUGGGAUUACGAAGGAACUGGAUGCAGUUGGAAUCGGGCAUACCGGGUGUGGCCCAGACCCCAUGAAGGGCACGAUGGCGGAGACUACGAAGAUUCAACUGGAAACGGACAUUGGAGCCGUAGUGGUCGGUUUCGACGAGCACUUCAGCUUUCCCAAAAUGGUGAAGGCGUCGUCGUACCUAAACGAUCCGAACUGCUUGUUUAUUGCCACCAAUACAGAUGAACGCUUUCCCAUGGACAAUAUGGUGGUGCCUGGGAGUGGCUGCUUUGUAAGGGCCAUCGAGACCUGCGCGGAGCGUACAGCGAAGGUGAUUGGUAAGCCCAAUCCUGCCAUUUGCGAAGUGCUGCUGCAAAAGGAGAUUGGUCGGAUUGAUCCUGCAAGAACCCUGAUGAUUGGCGACCGAGCCAAUACGGAUAUUUUGUUGGGAUUCAACUGCGGCUUCCAGACCCUGCUCGUGGGCACCGGCGUGCAUCAGCUGAGCGACGUAGAACGGUGGAAGAAAAGCAAAGAUCUAGAGGACAAGAAGCUCAUACCCGACAUGUACCUGCCCAAAUUGGGAGAUCUACUGCCAGCCCUUCCCUUACCAAAACAUUAAAUGUGAAUAUAUAUGCAUAAAUGUAUCAAUUCGCAUAUUCACGAUAAUGCAACACCUCGGGGGGCAGGAAAUAUCUACAAACGAACAGAAAUUAAUAGUACAAUUUAUAUUACCAAAAAUAAAAUAUUUAAACACA